GCCAAUACUCUGGAAAGAUGUGCUCCCGCAGGGCCUGCCACAGCCAUGAAACCUCCUGCCAUGAAUCCCACUCCUCCUGCCAUGACACAGGAUCCUCCUGCCAUUACACCUUCCAGAGGCAGCCUGUGCAGAAGUUCAACUACGUGACACCCUGCUACACCCCUGUGCAGACCUAUUGCCCCCCUGUGCAGCCCUGUUUCCCCCCCAUGCAGCGCUACUGCCCUCCAGCCCCCUUCUGCUCCCAGUUAACCAAGAACGUGUGUGACCUGCCACCAAAAUGCCCCAAGUACUAACAGCAGGAUCCGGCCCUGGCAUUGGACCCACCGGCUCACUCUUCACUUGGAUGCUCUUGAUGCCUAAAGCUUGAACCCUUGGUUCUCUUUUCCCAUUUUUUGUUCUCUGUGUAUCCUUGAUCACCUCAUCCGUGAUCAGAAUUUCCUUCAAAACAUAAAUCAUAUCUGUUCUAUGCCCUUUCCCAAAAGACUGGGACUAAUUUCUGCUGGUGGUGGCUUACACAU